AUGGAGUUGAUGUCUCUUGAACAGAAUAUGUUUCCUAACAGUGAUGAUUGCAACAAUGGUUCAGCCAAUCAAGAUAGUGUACCUGCUAUCCACGUAGAUGAUGUACAACGUAUGGAGGCUCGUCUUUUAAAGUUGUUGGAUGAAUUUAACGCUGGGAAAUCAUCCUUUGGUCCAAAUUGUCCUUAUGAAAAACUUGAUUCAAUACGAAAUCAGCAGGAAGAACUUAUGCGAUUGCAUUUUGAGCAAGAUAGGAAAAUGAUGUCGAUCCUCGAAACAGGCUCAACUCUCGCGCGGCGUCCUGUUAGAGCACUUUUAACGGACGAAGGUCGGAAGACUACCAAAGCAAACAUUGAUGCACUAGUCACACGACUGGAGUCUCUGAGUUAUGCAAUACAUAAUCUUCACUAUGCCAAUAGACCUCGAUCGUAA